GCGUGCGCACGCCAUUUAACCCCUGCACGCAGGCACGCUCUCAUUCCAUUCCCGAUUCCGGAGCCGGGUAUGUUGGGUCGUCUUCUGUGCGGCCAGCCAAGGGCAACGCGAGGCGGAUCCUGCUAGGACCUCUCUCUACCAGAAGAAACCAUCGCAGCCACGUGAGGAGGCCUCCGCCACGCCAGCCCUUGGCCAAAAUUUAUUCUUUUUUUUCUUUUUACUUCGGAAAACUGGCCGCCCGCAAGCACCGCGCCGAUAUGGCCCACAACAGGGACUACUACAGCAUCUUGGGCGUGAGCCGCAAUGCCACUUCAUCGGAUAUCAGCAAGGCGUACAAGGCUCUCGCCUUGCAGUGGCAUCCGGACAAGUACGAAGGCAGCAAGGACAAGGCGGAGCGUAUGUUUCGCCUCAUAUCGGAAGCCCACGGCGUGCUGAGCAACGAUUCGUCGCGCCAGCGGUACGACAAUCACCUCCGAAAGAGUGCGAUCCAAGCGAUUCCGCCGACCCCUUCAAGCUCUCUACGAGCCUACUGCUACGUCGUGCCCACCUACCCCCGCCAGAGUCCUGCUCCCCAGCCGUCAUGCUCGUACACGACACAACAUAACCCAUUGGCCACUAUCCCACAGUUCUCAAUGACCAGCGUGUACGGGCCGCCACCCCAACAGCACCAGCCAGUGGUGACCUACAACAUGUACCAGCCGUCCACCUCGCAGUACAUUCCUGUGACAACGUACGUGCCGAAGCAGGCAGUGUCCAUGACGACCUACGUGCCUGCCACGUCAUCGGCGCCCACACCCUACUAUCCGACUCCUCCCACCACGACCAACGUCUCGGUGCUGCGCCUACCAUUGGACUACGAGCGUCAGACUUCUACACGCAUCAUACACGGGACACGCAUGGACCUCGAGGUGAUCAAGGAGAAUGCCGCGGAGAUUGUGAACGUCUACGAGAACGGAGUGCUCACCCAGAGCACCUACCGACGCACCCGGCCCCACUCUUCGUAGACUUCGGUUAUGGGGACAAGGACUCGCCUGCAGCUGAAAAUAGCGCAAGCCCUCGACGGAAGGUUCAUGGGACUUUUUUAAGAUUACCGCGGAGGAAAAGGAAAACACUCUACGGUGGACUCGGGGGAACUCUUAAGAUUGUCACAGAAUAAAGGGAGU